AUGUCUUAUGCUGAGAACACGGUGACAAAUACGCAAACGAUGGCGCAAAAGGACCUUGCGCCCGAAAUUAAAAAUCAACGCAACUUUCUGACUAGCACGCUGCGUCUCAAGUCACCAAGUGGUGUGAAAAUAUACAACAUUAACGUCGCCAAUCCGACUGGCAAAAUUGACGAACUUGGCCAAGCGAUAGCCGUUUAUGUCGAUGCUACCGACCACGCGUUCUAUAGAUGCCAAGUUAUCGGCUACCUGGACACGGCGAAAGCGUGGAUUGAGUCUUGCGACAUUGAGUCCACUGGAGACGGAUGGAUCACCGCCAAUGGCAACACCAACAGCUCGAACUUGUCCCACGAGCUGAGUGAUGUCGUUAAUCCUGCAGGCUGGGAUACUUGGGAAGAAAGUACCAACACGUCUAGCAUCUUUUCCAAGGAGUACUGCAACAGUGGCCUAGGCGCGGAUACGUCCAUGAGAGCUAAAUUCAGCGGCCUGUUAUCUGGUCCAGUAGACAUCACGGAAAUUCUGGGCCAAGACUACAAAUCCAAGUGGUGGUUUGACUCGACAUUUUUGUAA